AAAAUAAGGAGAAUUGCAGCAGAAAAUAAAGGUCACUGUGACUUCCUAAAUUCCAUACACACCCCAAGGAAAAAUAUAUGAAUAGAAAAGGUUGGAAAAGGAAGGAAGAAAAAAAAAGAAAGAUAAGAUGGAAUUUUAUGGUGAUUUUGAUUCUCAAAGAUGCUAUUGCCACCAGAGUAUUAAAAAAACCAAGCAGAAAGGGAUAUAUUAUUUCAAGAUUAAAGUGGAUUCUCUGUUAUCUCAUCUGAUCUCCACCAUUUGAAAGACCAAACCAGCAAAGAAAAAGGAAAGAAAAUGCAUACAUUCAAGAAACUGAAGUUUUUAUAUCCUCUUCUCAUCUUCAAUAUCUUCAUCACUCGUGUAUCCCAACACAGUUCUACAACCUUAUGUGGCAAAAUCCCAAUUCAGAGGCCCUUUCUGAGCUCAAAUUCAACUUCGGUUUCCCCAUUAAAUCACAUGAUACUAUGCAGAUCUAAUAAGCUGUUCUUCAGAACCUCUCUUGGUCUUUUGCCAGUUUCUUGGAUUGAUUACACAACUAAAACACUAACCAUUUCUCACCCUUCUUGCUCUUCUUCACAGCAAUUUGUCUCUCCUGCUCUUCUGUCUGCUGGUUUUCCUACUCCAAGGCCUAACUCACUUCUUCUCUUUAACUGCUCAAGCAAAAUUUAUCCCAUGACAUCAUUCAUCAGUAACUGCACUCACUUCAAGGCUUGUGCAGCUUCAUCUAGAGCUCAAGAACAUGAAAUCCCAUAUUCGUGUCUUCUUGUUAAUGAUAUUGAAAAACUUGACAAGGGUUUUCAUCCAAAAGAUUUGAAUUGCUCACAAUAUAGCCAGGUGUAUAGUAGUUCUUCGAGCAAUGAUUCCUACCAGGAACAUAAGUUGGGAACAAGGAUAUCUUUUGACAUUCCUAAUCAUGCCCCAGUUAUCUGCAACGAAUGCGAAAAACCUAAUGGAAAUUGUGGAGUUGGAUUGAGAUGCAUAUGCCACCCUAAAGAGUGUAGUAGGAGAUAAGGUCAUUUCUAUGGCUGGAUCAGUAAAGCCCUUUGGUAAUAAAGUGCUAUUAUCUAUACUUUCUUUCAAUGUAGUCUUGUUCUCCUUCAUGAAUUUUUGAUAUAAGAAACUUAAAUGCUUUGCAUGUAGUAGAUGUUCCUCACCCUCUUUUCUCA